GCUGAUCCGUGGAUGCUGAGAUCAUGAUGAGGGAGGGGUCCAGUGGGAUGGAGCAGAGUUUCAUGCAGUCCGCGAUGGCUAUGGGUGCACAGUCCAAGAAAGGCUUCUCCAGAAGCAUCGCCGUGGAAAGAAAAAACCUGAUCACGGUCUGUAGGUUUUCUGUAAAGACACUGUUAGAGAAGUACACAGCAGAGCCCAUUGAUGACUCAUCUGAGGAGUUCAUUAACUUUGCUGCUAUUCUGGAACACAUCCUCAGCCACCGCUUUAAAGGCAAGACAGUGCAUACAAAAUCACUGGCACACUUGCUUUUUAACCUAAUAAGAACAUUAAGGAUGUAUUUAAGUGAUGUGAAUGGAAGCAUGUCUCUUGCAGGCUCUGGCAGUUGGUUUGAUGGUCAGCGCAGUUUCUGGGACUUCAUCCGUCUGGCCUGCAGUAAAGUUCCCAAUAACUGCAUAAGCAGCAUUGAGAACAUGGAGAACAUCAACUCCUCACGAGCAAAGGGCAGAGCAUGGCUACGGGUUGCACUAAUGGAGAAACGUCUGUCUGAAUACAUCGCCACAGCUUUGCGAGAUAGUCGCACCACAAGGAGGUUCUACGAUGAAGGCGCCAUAAUGUUGCGAGAAGAAGCAACUGUUCUGACUGGAAUGCUCAUUGGACUCGGAGCGAUUGACUUCAGUUUCUGUUUGAAAGGGGAGGCUCUGGAUGGGAAGUCUGAGGCUGUUAUUGACUACACUCCUUAUCUGAAAUUCACACAAAGUUAUGAUUAUCUUAGUGACGAUGAGGACGGUCAGAGCGUGGACAGCAGUAACAGUGAUGACAGCGUUGAUCAUCCUUACAUCCCUCUGGUCACCGAUGAGGAAAGCUGGAGGAACAAGUGCCGCAAAAUGGAGCAGAGAUUCAAGAUCGUCAAUGCGCAAAAGGGGUACCUUGAGGAGCUGGUGAGGCUGCGGGAAUCUCAGCUGAAGAAUGUGGAGAUGGAGAAUAAGAAACUAACAGCUGGACUAGAAGAACUGCAACUACAGAGUCAGAAAGAGAAGAGAGAACUGGAGAACAUCAUACUAGAGCUGCAGGAACAACUGACAAGUCUGAUUCCAGGUGAAUCACAUCCUCUUUCCAAGGAUUUGUCAAUCCCUCUUGUUAACCAGUGGCCAUCACUCCACAAAUACAAUAACCAGGAGGACAGGAAAUUGUACCACAGGGGUAGUUUCCCCAGCCCGGAUCCACAUAUCAGCUUAACCACAGAUUCUCAGAGGACGGAAAGGAAACAAAAUGGAAAAGCCUGGUGCACAGCAGAAAAAGACUACACUCCCUCUAUGUUAGGUCUGUGUGGUUCUCUGUCGUCUUUACCCAGCUGUAAGUCCCUGCCAAGCCUGAGGUCGACAGAGUGCCUGGUGAACAUCAGUGCAGAGCCCAGUCCUGCUCUAACCCCCAGCUAGGGACCAGCAAAUGAGACUAAUGUCACAAGCAGAGAGAAUCUGCACUGUCAGCUAAGACAUCCAAAGAUAUAAUGGCUCGGAUACAGCCUGAGUAAACCAUGUUACCCCAAUUCUCACAGAAGUAUCAUCCUGUUUCCCCUUGAAGAGAUAUAGCUAUACCACUGUAGUUAUGGUGAGAUGUUUUCUCACAGAUGUUUUCUUGUCAGAAAUGUUCAAAUGUGGGUAUCUCUGAAUGUCUUUGCUGUUCAGGUCUUUCUCCUGACUUGUUGUGGUAACCAGUGAAGGCAAACUGUGGACUAUGCACUGACUGACUUGAGACCUGCCUGAAUUGUCACUACAAGAGGCCAACACAGCUUUCCCACAUUCUGUUGCCCUUUAAAAUCUCCUACGGGAACAUACACU